UACGACUUUGGGCUUAGAAAUAUUCUGUCUGUUUUAAGAACACUUGGAGCAGUAAAAAGAUCUAAUCCCAAAGAGCCUGAGAAAACCAUAGUGAUGAGAGUUCUGCGGGACAUGAACCUCUCCAAACUGGUGGAUGAAGAUGAACCUUUAUUUAUGAGUCUCAUUAAUGACCUGUUCCCUGGAAUUACUCUGGAUAAAGCUGGGUAUCCUGAACUACAGUCAGCCAUCCAGAAACAGGCAGAGAUAGCAGGGCUUAUUCAUCAUCCACCAUGGAUACUUAAACUCAUUCAGCUGUAUGAAACUCAACAAGUCCGACAUGGUAUGAUGACUCUAGGUCCAACUGGUGCAGGAAAGACAAAAUGCAUUAAUAUUUUGAUGAAAGCAAUGACAGAUUGUGGUGCUCCUCAUAAAGAGAUGAGAAUGAACCCAAAGGCAAUCACAGCAUCCCAGAUGUUUGGUACCCUUGAUGUUGCUACAAAUGACUGGACAGAUGGUAUUUUCUCUACAUUAUGGAGAAAAACAUUAAAAGCAAAGAAGGGUGAGCAUAUCUGGAUAGUUUUGGAUGGACCUGUUGAUGCAAUAUGGAUUGAAAAUCUGAACUCUGUUCUGGACGAUAAUAAGACCCUUACUUUGGCCAAUGGAGAUCGUAUUCCGAUGUCCCCCAGUUGCAAAAUUAUUUUUGAGCCUCACAACAUUGACAAUGCUUCCCCUGCAACAGUUUCUCGUAAUGGGAUGGUCUUCAUGAGUUCUUCAGUGUUAGAUUGGAAGCCUAUUUUAAGGGCUUGGCUGCAAACGCUACCUGUUACGUACUCUGAUGUCCUAUGGAAUUGCUUUAAUGCUGUAUUUCAGGAUGUGAUAGAUUUUGUUUUCUCUGCUGUGACACCAAAAAUGAUAAUUUUAGAAUGUAUGUACAUCAAACAAGCUAUUGACCUCCUACAGGGUUUAUUGUCCGACAGAGAUGAGAAGCAGCUCAGUGAGGAACAUGUUGCUCGCUUGUUCAUUUUUGCUGUAAUGUGGUCAGCUGGAGCUCUUUUGGAACCAGAUGACAGGCUGAAAAUGGAGUUGUUCCUACGGAAGCACUCUGCAGUGAAAGAACUUCCAGUUGUGAAUGGAGAAGAAACCAUGUUUGAAUUUGGUAUCAAUGCCUGUGGCCAGUGGGAGCACUGGUCAAAGAAGGUCCCUGAAUAUAUUUACCCUAAAGAUUCAGUACCAGAAUAUACUUCCAUUCUAGUUCCAAAUGUAGACAGUGUCCGAACAUACUUUCUAAUGCACACUAUCAUGAGGCAAGGAAAAGCUGUUCUGCUAAUUGGGGAACAGGGAACAGCAAAAACAAUUAUGAUUAAGGAUUACACAUGCAAGUAUGACCCUGACGUUCACUUGACCAAACGCCUAAACUUUUCUUCUGCAACUCUGCCAAAUAUGUUCCAAAGAAGCAUAGAAAGUUACAUAGAUAAAAGAAUGGGCACCACAUACGGUCCUCCAGCUGGGAAGAAAAUGACUGUCUUCAUUGAUGACAUCAACAUGCCUGUGAUUAAUGAAUGGGGUGAUCAGAUCACCAAUGAGAUUGUAAGACAGCUGAUGGAACAGAAAGGUUUCUACAAUUUGGAGAAGCCAGGAGAAUUUACGAAUGUGGUUGAUAUCCAGUUUGUAGCUGCUAUGAUUCACCCUGGGGGAGGUCGGAACGACAUCCCACAGCGCCUAAAACGCCAGUUCACCAUCUACAACUGCACUCUGCCUUCCAGUUCCUCUAUUGACAAAAUAUUUCGAACAAUAGCUGAAGGCUAUUUCUGUGAACAACGACAUUUCCCUGCAGAGAUAUGUAAACUGGCUUCAGCAUUAGUAUCUACAACUCGAAAGGUUUGGCAAAUGACAAAAGCAAAGAUGUUACCAACUCCAGCUAAAUUUCAUUACAUCUUUAAUUUACGAGACCUCAGUCGUAUUUGGCAAGGAAUACUUACAGUUACUUCUGAAGUCUGCCAGAGCAUCAGUGUUUUGGUAGCCUUGUUCCAGCAUGAAUGCAGACGUGUUAUUGCAGACAGGUUCAUCAGCCAAAGUGAUAAAGACUGGUUUGAAGAUAUGAUGAAAAAGAUUGCUUCUGCAGAACAUGGUCAAAAUCUAUUUGAAGAUAAAUCCACAGAAUUAUACUUUGUGGAUUUCUUGCAUGAUGUCCCAGAAGCUACUGGAGAUGAACUUGAUGAUGCAGAGUUGAAGGCUCCUAAAAUUUAUGAGCCUAUCCCAUCUUUGGAUUAUUUGACUGAAAGAUUACAGAUGUUCAUGCAACAGUACAAUGAAACCAUCAGAGGAUCAAAGAUGGAUUUAGUAUUUUUCAAGGAUGCAAUCAUCCAUUUGAUUAAAAUAUCACGGAUUAUUCGUACUCCACAUGGAAAUGCAUUAUUGGUGGGUGUGGGUGGAUCAGGAAAACAAAGUCUGACCAGACUAGCAUCAUAUAUUGCCGGAUAUGAGAGCUUUCAGAUUACUUUAACAAGAACAUACGCCACCAACAACCUUUUGGAUGAUCUGAAAAUCUUGUACCGCACUGCUGGGCAAAAAGGGAAGGGCGUUGUCUUUAUAUUCACAGACAAUGAAAUCAGAGAUGAAUCUUUUCUGGAGUAUAUGAACAAUGUUUUGGCUUCAGGUGAAGUCUCAAGUCUUUUUGCACGAGAUGAAAUAAGUGAAAUCACACAAGACCUGAUACCAGCAAUGAAGAAGGAGUACCCAAGGCGUACUCCCACUGGUGAAAAUCUUUAUAAUUACUUUCUUGCUCGGGUUCGUAAUAACCUGCAUGUGGUUCUUUGUUUUUCUCCUGUUGGGGACAAAUUCAGAACUCGUGCACUCAAAUUUCCAGGUCUGAUUUCAGGCUGUACCAUGGACUGGUUCCAGCGCUGGCCUAAAGAUGCUCUUGUAGCAGUUGCACAGCAUUUUUUAGUUUCCUGCCAUAUUGAGUGCACAGAUGAAGUGAAACAGAGUGUUAUUAGCACCAUGGGAACAUUUCAAGAUAUUGUAGCUGAAAAAUGUGUUGAAUACUUCGAACGAUAUAGGCGACGAACAUUUGUGACUCCAAAAUCUUACCUGUCCUUCAUUGGAGGCUACAAAGCUAUUUACAAAGAGAAAUUUGACAAUGUUGGAAGUUUGUCUGAACGCGUGAGAACAGGUCUUGCAAAAUUGAUGGAAGCUGAGAUUUCAGUAAAUCAGCUCUCCAAAGAGUUGGUGAUGAAGGAGAAGGAUUUGGCUGUAGCUUCAAAAAAAGCUGAUGGAGUCUUAUUGGAAGUAACUAUGAAAGCCCAAGCUGCCGAAAAGGUGAAAAUGCAGGUGCAAAAGGUAAAAGACAAGGCUCAGGCCAUUGUGGAUGACAUUGCCAUUGAUAAAGCAGCAGCAGAAGAGAAGCUUGAAGCUGCAAGACCUGCAUUGGAAGAAGCCGAGGCAGCCCUGCAGACGAUAAAACCUUCUGACAUUGCAACUGUUCGCAAACUGGGUAAACCUCCUCACUUGAUAAUGCGAAUUAUGGAUUGUGUGCUACUUUUAUUCCAAAGGAAAAUAGAUUCAGUAACACCUGAUCAAGAACGCCCAUGUGUGAAGCCAUCGUGGACUGAGGCUCUGAAGCUAAUGAAUAAUUCAGGAUUUCUUAGCAUGUUGCUUACUUUCCAGAAGGACUCAAUUACAGGAGAAACUGUGGAGCUUUUAGAGCCUUAUUUGGAUAUGGAGGAUUAUAAUCUUGAGACUGCUAAAAAAGUGUGUGGAAAUGUAGCAGGUCUUUGCUCAUGGACACAAGCAAUGGCAUACUUCUAUGGUAUUAAUAAAGAAGUUCUUCCUCUUAAGGCAAACUUAGCCUUGCAAGAGGGAAGACUUGCAGCUGCCCAAAUGGAACUGAACAAUGCACAAAUUCAGCUGGAUGAGAAGCAAAUGGAACUGGAUCAAGUACAAACCAUGUAUGAAACUGCUAUGAAAGAGAAGCAGGCCUUACUUGAUGAUGCUGAGGCAUGCAGAAGGAAGAUGAACAAUGCCACAGCUCUGAUUGAAGGAUUAGGUGGAGAAAAGCUCCGUUGGACAGCAAGCAGCAAAAACUUUCAAAAUCAAACUAUUAAUUUAGUGGGCAAUGUUCUUCUGGCCACUGGAUUUCUCUCUUACUCUGGACCUUUCAAUCAGGAGUACAGGAAUUUGCUGCUCCAGUUGUGGAAGAAAGAAAUGGACAACAGCCAGAUUCCAUACAAUAAUGAUCUGAACCUUACUGGUAUGCUUGUUGACAAUGCUACAGUGGGUGAAUGGAACCUCCAGGGUCUUCCGAAUGAUGACCUUUCAAUUCAGAAUGGCAUCAUUGUCACAAAAGCAUCUAGAUAUCCUUUGCUGAUUGAUCCACAAGGUCAAGGAAAGAUCUGGAUUAAAAAUAAGGAAAAUAAUAAUGGACUUCAGGUUACAGCUAUGAACCACAAGUUCUUCAGAAGUCAUAUAGAAGACUGCCUGUCCCUUGGCCGACCUUUGUUAAUUGAAGAUGUUGGAGAGGAACUUGAUCCUGCUCUAGAUAACAUCUUGGAAAAAAAUUUCAUAAAAUCUGGUUCAUCACACAAAGUGAAAGUAGGUGACAAGGAAGUAGAUCUGAUGAAGGGGUUUACCCUUUAUAUGACAACAAAAUUGGCUAAUCCUGCCUAUACUCCAGAAAUUAGUGCAAGAACAACUGUAAUAGACUUUACUGUUACUAUGAAAGGGCUGGAAGAUCAGCUCCUUGGCCGUGUCAUCCUCACAGAAAAACAGGAACUGGAGGCAGAAAGAGUCAAACUGAUGGAAGAAGUGACAUUUAACAAGAGGAAAAUGCAGGAGCUUGAAGACAAUCUACUCUUCCGUCUAACCAGUACAGAGGGCUCUUUGGUUGAAGAUGACUCUCUGAUAGAAGUCCUAAGGAACACUAAAGUAACAGCAGAAGAGGUCAGUGAAAAAUUAAACAUAGCAGCGGAGACAGAGGUGAAAAUCAAUACUGCACGUGAAGAGUAUCGGCCUGUUGCUUGUCGUGGUAGCAUCCUUUACUUCCUAAUUGUGGAAAUGAGCUUGAUUAAUGUCAUGUACCAAACAUCCUUGCGGCAGUUCCUUGGCAUUUUUGACCUAUCAGUGGAAAGAUCUCAGAAAUCUCAGAUCACAGCAAAAAGGGUGGUAUAUGUAAUCGAGCAUCUCACCUAUGAAGUCUUCAAGUACACAGUUCGAGGGCUGUAUGAAAAUCACCGAUUCCUGUUUACAUUGCUUCUGGCACUAAAGAUUGACUUGCAGGCCAAGAAAAUUUCACACACUGAGUUUGAGACACUGAUCAAAGGAGGUGCCAGUUUGGAUCUGAAUUCUGUGGAACCAAAACCAAAGAAGUGGAUCCUUGAUGUGACAUGGCUGAAUCUUGUGCAGUUAUCUAGCUUGUACCCUUUUAAUCAACUUCUGGUGCAAGUUGUUAGGAAUGAGAAGUCUUGGAAAGCUUGGUUUGAUGAAGAAGCACCUGAAAAAGCUGUUAUUCCUGAUGCAUAUGACAGCUUACUGGAUCAAUUCCGUAAACUGCUCCUUGUGCGUAGCUGGUGCCCUGAUCAUACCGUUGCCCAAGCUCGACACUACAUUGCAGAAUCUCUUGGAGGGAAAUAUGCAGAAGGAUUUAUUCUUGAAAUGGAAGCAAUGUGGACAGAAAGUGACUGUCGAACACCUUUGACAUGCUUUUUAUCGAUGGGUUCUGACCCCACUGAAAAUAUAGAACGUCUUGCAAAAUCAAAGAACAUUCCCUGUCGUGCCAUUUCAAUGGGUCAGGGCCAGGAAGUCCAUGCAAGGCGCCUGUUAAAUCAGUGCAUGCAGGAUGGAGGAUGGCUCCUUCUACAGAACUGCCACCUUGGCUUGGAGUUUCUUAAUGAAUUAAUGGACACCAUUGCAACAACAGAAUCUAUGAGUGAAGGUUUCAGGACCUGGAUCACUACAGAGGCUCAUACACAGUUUCCUAUUAAUCUUUUACAGUCCUCUAUCAAAUUUACUAAUGAACCCCCUCAAGGUGUGAAAGCUGGCUUAAAACGAACAUACUCAGCUGUUACUCAGGAUCACCUGGAAGUGAGCAACAUGCCACAGUGGAAACCAAUGCUAUAUGCUGUAGCAUUUCUUCACACAACUGUUCAGGAAAGACGAAAGUUUGGUCCAUUGGGCUGGAAUAUUCCCUAUGAAUUUAAUCAAGCAGACUUUGCAGCCAGCAUACAAUUUGUUCAGAAUCAUUUGGAUGAUGUCGAUAUUAAACGUGGAGUGAACUGGAGCUGUGUUCGCUAUAUGCUUGGAGAAGUACAGUAUGGUGGCCGUGUAACUGAUGACCUUGACAAAGCACUGCUGAAUACAUAUGCAAGAGUGUGGUUUGGAGAGCAUAUGUUUAGUGAAAAAUUUUGUUUCUACAAAAAUUAUAUUAUUCCAAAAGGGAAAACAGUUGAGGACUAUAUCCAGUACAUAGAGCAAUUGCCAGUGAUCGAUACACCUGAGGUAUUUGGACUUCACCCUAAUGCAGAUAUAACUUACCAGACAAACCUUGCUAAUGAGACUUUAAGUACAAUAGUGAGCAUCCAGCCCAAAACCAGCAACACUGGAGGUGGGGAAACCCGAGAAGCAGUGGUGCAGCGUCUUGCUGAUGAGAUGCUAGAGAAGUUGCCUCCAGAUUACAACUCUCAUGAGGUGAAAGCCCAACUUCGAAAGAUGGGAGCUAUUCAACCCAUGAACAUAUUUCUCCGUCAAGAAAUUGAUCGCAUGCAACGUGUUAUUUCAAGAGUUCGAACUACACUGACUGAUCUCAAAUUGGCUAUUGAUGGAACCAUAAUUAUGUCAGAAGAAUUACAAGACGCUUUAGAUAAUAUGUAUGAUGCUAGAAUUCCAAAACUGUGGUUUAGGAUUUCCUGGGAGUCGGCUACUUUAGGAUUUUGGUUUACUGAGCUUCUUGAAAGAAACCAGCAGUUCAGCACUUGGCUGCAGGAUGGCCGACCAAACCAGUUCUGGAUGGCAGGAUUCUUUAAUCCACAGGGAUUCCUAACUGCUAUGAGGCAAGAGACGACUCGCAUGAAUUUAGCAAAAGGGUGGGCACUCGACAGUGUUGUUUUACACAAUGAAGUGACCAAGAUGAUGAAAGAAGAUGUUGUUGGUCCUCCUCCUGCUGACAUUGGUGGGGUUUAUAUAUAUGGCCUUUUCCUCGAAGGGGCAGGUUGGGACCGCAGAAACAGUAAGCUGGUCGAGUCAGCACCAAAGGUGCUGUUCACCAGUCUUCCUGUAGUCCACGUGUAUGCUGUUAGCACGGCAGCGCUACAUGACCCAAAGAAGCAACAAGGAAGUGUGUACUCCUGCCCCGUCUACAAAAAGCCCCGGAGAACAGAUCUGACGUACAUUUUCUCUCUGUAUCUGAAAACAGUGCAGAAUCCUGAUCAUUGGACUUUACGGGGGGUCGCACUGCUCUGCAGUUCAAAAUAAGGACAGAUAG